AUGGUGCUCGGUUCGUCAAGUAGUAGUACCUCGUACACUGCCCUAUCAGAGGGACCCAAAUCCCUUGAGUUGAUGAGCAAGCGAUUGCGGAAAACGCCGACGGCGUUGCUAGAGGACCCAACUUAUGGUUUGGGGUGGCUCGAUUGGGGUCAGCGUGAAGCUAUGGUCACGGAGGCUGAGAAGGACGUUAUCCGCUACGCGAAGACAGAUGAUGGUACGACUGUUUGA